AUGGCCGAGCAAACCGUUCCACCGCUCGACCUUCAACCUCUGAACACAAACACAAAUGAUCCCCCUACUGACCUCAAAUCCCGCAUGAAAGCCUCCUACGAUGCAAUCGCCCCGAGAUACAACGAAUGGACAAUCCCGCACUCGACCACGCGCCUCCACUACCUGAACCAGCUGCUCGGCCGCCUACCUAUCACCACCACCGUCCCCGUCUCCGUGCUGGAGCUCGGUUGCGGCUAUGGCGUCCCCGUCACCCAGGAGCUGCUCUCCCACCCCAAUUUCUCUGUCACUGCCAACGACAUCUCCAGCGCCCAGCUCGCGCUCGCCCGCGCCAGACUGCUGCCCGACCCACCGGGCCCCGGUCACGGCCAGCUCACGCUGCUCGAGGGCGACAUGCUCGCCCUCGACUUCACGCCGGCGACCUUCGACGCCGUCGUCGGCAUGUACUCGAUCAUCCACCUCCCGCGCUCUGAGCAAGUCGACAUGCUGAGCAAGAUCGUGGCGUGGUUGAAACCGGGCGGGUGGCUGCUGGCAAACUUCGCGGCGGAAGAGUUACCGGAAAGGGAGGUGCAGAACUGGCUGGAGGAAGAAAAGGGGUGGAUGUUUUGGAGUGGCUGGGGGAGCCAAGGGACGAUGGAGAAGGUGAGAGAGGCAGGACUGGAGGUGGUUGUGCAAGAGACGGUGGAAGAUGCAGUUGAUGUGAAGUUUUUAUGGAUUCUAGCUAGGAAGAGCGAUUCGUCAAAGUGA